AUGAAUUCCCAGCAGCAGAAGCAGCCCUGCACCCUUCCCCCUCAGCUUCAGCAGCAGCAAGUUAAACAGCCCUGCCAAUCUCCACCCCAGGAACCAUGUGUCCCUCAAACCCAGGAUCCCUGCCACCCCAAGGUUCCUGAGCCCUGCCACCCCAAGGUGCCAGAGCCCUGCCACCCCAAGGUUCCUGAGCCCUGCCACCCCAAGGUGCCAGAGCCCUGCCAAACCAAGGUGCUGGAGCCCUGCCACCCCAAGGUUCCUGAGCCCUGCCACCCCAAGGUUCCUGAGCCCUGCCACCCCAAGAUUCCGGAGCCCUGCCACCCCAAGGUUCCGGAUCCCUGCCACCCCAAGGUGCCUGAGCCCUGCCCCUCAACGGUCACUCCAGCACCUACUCAGCAGAAGACCAAGCAAAAGUAA